GUAGAUGAUUGUAGAUCAUUGUAGGUCAUUGUAGAUCAUUGUAGAUCAUUGUAGGUCAUUGUAGGUCAUUGUAGGUCAUUCCUUGUUUUAGUAACUACGCACUAUAAUGUUAUUAUCAAUGUAUGACUGUUAUAUGUUAUGCUAGUGGAUAUAUGUUUCUAAUGUCAUACUUGCUGAUAGAAAAAUUAUUUUUGAUAAUAAUUGAGUAUUUGAAUUCUUUAUAAAGUUGCCUGUAUAUUUGAUUGUACUUGCAUGUGACAUCCGGAUGUAACAUGUAAUGUACAUGUAUGUGAAGAUACAGUAGAACCUGAUGACUUGUUCUCUUCAUACUCCCUGCUAACCUGAACUCAAUCCAUUUUCCCUUGGAUUUGAACCCACUUUACCAUCCUUUUCUGUUUACUCAAACUCAGAUAACUCGAAUUCCAGGCUGCUAACUCAACUAAAUCUUGUUCCCACCAAAAUUUACUUCGUUAUAACUCAAAUCCAACUCACCACAGAUGCCAUCCCAUUUGCUUUAGUUGUGUAAUCAGUAAAACACUAAAACUAAUACUGCUGCAGUGAUUUGGUUUUGAUAUAAGAAAUGUACUGAACAGAUCAUAUAAUUAACAGUUAUUUCCCUGUAUUAUCAUAAGGAUGUAUAAUAUUGUGUCACACUUUACAUGCUAAUAACAAACAGUAUUAAACUAUUGUUAUCUUAAACAUAGCUAAUUGAAUAUUUGAUCAACUUCAAUAACUUGAAUCCCUGCGACCUGAAUCUGAUUUUCAUUCAAGUUACCAAGUUUCUACACUGUAAAUGUAUAGCUUCCUUACGUGAUUCUUAAGUUAUGUUUACUUUAUCCUCUCUUGUUACAGCUGUCAGCAAAUUCUUGGAUAGGUCCACUACUUGUAAGGCUGGCAAGCUAUCCAUUAUUUGCACGAAGGUAACAAAAUACGUCAUCUGCAUUUAUCCAUGUAACCAGUCAUGUAGAUAUCAUUAUAGUGAUCUUUAAACUCUCUUUUACACGUUCAUUAAUUAUUUAUUGUGCUAUGCUGAUCUUGAUUGAUUCAGUUUGCUACCUAGCUUCAGAUUUGCUGCCUUCACUUCCCUCCAGUUUACUGACAGAAUAACCUUUAAUAUUAUUCAUUUGAUGUUUUGUGUUUUUGAAGUCUUGCAUCAGUAUUUGGUCCCCAAACAAGACCUUCAAGGGAAGAACUACAGGACUUUUGGACAAUUGCAAGACAUAAAGAUGGCUAUCUUGUUGCACCAAGGUUAUACAAAUGUACUUCUUUCUGAAGAUUAUGUUUAUAAGGAAAUGAUGUGAUGAACAGACACAUCCAUGCUUUUGAUAGAGCAAACACAACAUUUAAAUACCCAUUGCUACUGUUUUGGGGUACAGAAACUGAGCUGCCGAUUGGACUUAAUUGAAUAUUUUCUUUUCACCUUUGGGUUUUCUGUGGCAAGAAAAUGUAGAGGCCAUGGAUUCUUCCAACCAGAUGGCCAUUUUGGUCAGAUAACAUACUCACUAUAUUUCUCGUUAAUUUCUAUGAUCAAAUAUAAGCAAAAUUUGUCAUCUUAAGAAUGUUAGUCUUUGGUAUUUGAUCUGUGUGGUGUAAUAUCAUCAAGCAUUGACAAUGACCAGCUGUUAGUCACAGUAAUGCUUAAUGGUACCAUUUUGCAUUCAAUAGAGAAUACAUAUACACCUAGAGGUGUAGUAAACCUGUAAAUAAUAUUAAUUGUUUCAUAAAGUAAGUUUUUGGUUUUUUUGACAGCUGUGAAUCAGCUUCUCAAGUACAAAUUUUACCUGACGUGUCGAUAUUAUGAUGUGAGACACUAUAAAAGGUACUGAAAUGUGGCACUGUGUUUAAGUAUUUUGCAGUACAUGAGUCAGCGGCAUGAAAACAGAGGUAGAUGGGUAGGGGUUAUGCAAACAACUUCAGUACCAGGUAAGGAACAACUAAGAAAAUGCAUAAUUAAAAUAAAAACCUUUGAAAAAGGAAGCAGCUUAGGUGAUGUACAAACUUGGACACUGAAAGCUGCUUGACGUAUAUUCUUAGUGCUGUUCAUGAUCAAUGUCCAUUACUUAUUAUUAAAUUUUAGUAUACACUAUUAGUACUUCUAGCUUUGAUAUAAGUCUGACCUCCAAAGCUGGCUUAUGUUAUAAGCACAAGCUACCUCAUACAACAGGCACUAAAUUACACAAUGUAUUAUUUCAGCAUGUUCUGUUAACAUUUACACUUUGUAAGAUAUGAGCCUGUAGGUAAAAUGGCCAUAAUGUCUCUCCGAUGAGGCAAAUAAUAUUGUUAAUGCUCUAUUUCUUGUUCAUGUUUCAGAACAAUAAGUUGGUACAUGUACAUGUAGCUAAUGCCUCCUCUACCAUUUUUCACUGAUAGUCUAGGGCAUCAGUCCCUUGGAGUUCAACAUACAUGAUUGACAUUAUAAUCAUUAUAAAUUCAUCUUCUCUUCUUAUGAAGUCAAAUCGUGGACAAAAUGUUCGACUUGUGGUUUCGUUUUGUCGUUUCUUUGUUUUGGUGUUUCUUUCUGUCACUUCUUAAACUGCAGUUGCAAACAUUAUGCAUUAAGCAAUAAAAUAAUUUUAGGUAUUUUUAUUUAUUUGCCACACAAUUACAUUACUUAAAGAUGCCAAAAGAAAAAAAAAAAUGUAGGAAGAGAUGGCGAGGAGGCCUAAAAGAAACUAUAGAGCUUAUGUUAAUUAGGCCUCCUCAAUUACAAUUUUUCGAAGAUGGCAUAAAAAUUACGGCGACGGGUACAGUAUAAUAUCAGGUGAAAAAUUAAACUAAUCAAUAUUACGGAAGUUUACAUAUACAAAUGUUGAAUAUUAAAAGGCUUUUUCCCAAGAUUUUUGUUGAAGUAUACUAAUAAUUAUUACAAAUAAAUGCCUUAAGUGCUCUUUUAAAGGAGAAAGGUGAGGAAGCGUUGAUGAUGUUGGUGUUUAAGGUGUUGUAAAAUUUAGGUCCUUGAUAAAAAACGGAAAAUUGCUUGGUUUGAGUACGACAGAAAGGCAGACGAAAUUUACACGAGUUUCUUGUAUUAUACAAAUGAAUUUGACUUUGUAAGGUAAAUUUACAAUGAAAUUUUAAGGGUAGAGUAUGGUUUUGAUAGGAGUACAUGAAUAAGCCUAGUUGUAUUAAGUAUAUAUCAUGAAAUUUUAAGAUACCAAGAUUUUGAAAGAUUGGAUCAGUAUGUGCAUCGAAAGUGGUUUUAGCUAUAGUUCUGAUCACUCAUUUCUGUAAAAUCUCAAGACGAAUAAGGUUAGUUCUGUAAGUAGAGGCCCAAACUAAGUUGCAGUAAAAAAGGUAUGGAUAGACUAGAGAAAAAUAUAGUGUUCGUAAGGUUUUCGUGGAUAAAUAGAAACUGGAUUUACGAAUAAUUCCUGUGCAUUUAGAAACUUUAUUGGCGACAUGUGAGAUUUCAGAUUUCCAAUUUAAAUUUUCGUCCAUGUAAUUUUACUCCCAGGAAAACUGUUUCUUUUACUUGAUCAAUUUUUUGACUAUUAAUUAAAAGUUGAAUAGUUUGAUUUGUACGCUUUUGGGAUGGUUUAAAUGCAAUGAAUUUGGUUUUUUUCAAGUUUAAUGAAAGCCUGUUAGCUCUAAACCAUAUUGACAACUUAUUUAGUUCGGUGUUCAGUAUAUUAGUAAGGCAGUCUUUAUCCUUGUGAGACACAAAUACGUUUGUAUCAUCGGCAAAUAGUAUCAGUUGUAAUAUUGUUGACGUGUUGAUUAUAUCGUUGAUCUAGAGUAGAAAAAACAAAGGCCCUAGUAUUGAACCUUGGGGAACGCCACACAUGAUAUUAGCACGAUACGAAACAUAACCAUUGUAUUCUACAAAUUGAAGUCUGUUGGAAAAAUAGUUCUUAAUCCAUUUCAGAGCCAAGCCACGUAUACCAUAGUGUUCAAGUUUAUCAAAUAAGAUGGAAUGAUUGACUGUAUCGAAAGCUUUUGAGAGAUCUAAAAAGACACCAACCGCUAAUUCACCACGAUCAAUAGCAGAUGAAAUUUUUUCAUGCAAAUAAUAAAUAAUUUUCAUGCAAAUAAUAAAAUAAUAAUAAAUUAUAAUCAGCCACAACUGAAAUUGAGAAGUGCUGUUCUGAAUACUUUGCAGUCGUCUGUCGUCACAAACACCAAUGCUGGGAUUUUUAUAAAUUGCAAUAGUUCUUGCUCAUCACAAAGAUGUGAGCAAAAUACUGAGUUCUUGUCAGCCACAUUUUUAGUUUCCAAGAUCAUGCAUUAUCCACUUGCUAGGGUGUGAAUUUCACUUUAAUAUUAUGAGAUAGUGAAGCAAUCCAAUUGCUUUAAAACACCUUUACACCACUGAGUGCAUUAUAUAUUAAUUAACGUCAUCUUUUCUCACUGAUAUCUUAUCCGUUUUUCUGCUUCUGCUGAGUGCACAGUCCUAUUGAUACAUACUUCCAUUCUUCAAGCGUGUGCCUUCCUUUACUAAAACCAAAGAAUGUAAUAACUUUGUAUUGGCUUCAUUUACAGUGCACUUAAUUUAUGGCCCUGCUGAUCCCAUUAACCCUCCAAUAACACUGGCCAAAUAUAGGUAAGCCAUUUAGAGUGAUGUUCUUAAUUUAAUUUUACCUCUAGUAGAUCUGUUCAUAAGUUGUGCAAUGUGUGCAGCACUUUUAAGAGGAGAAAAGUCUGAUCCCCUAAAUUAUUGACCAAUUUUGCUGACCUUCUUUGCUUGCAAGAUUUGUGAACAUUAUAUUGUACAUAGUCAUGCUAUGAAAUAGUUGGAAUGCUAAGUGACGUAGUACAGAUUACCAUCAUGGUUUCAGGGUAAAGAGAUCUAUGGUGCUUCAACUAGUUAUCACCUACUAUGAUACAGUUAAUGCAAUACAACAAAACCAAGUAGUACACAUGCCACAGUUUUGGACUUCAUGAAAGCAUUCAAUAUAACACCAGCGAUUUCUUAAGAAACUAGCAGGGUUUGUACAGUGUCUUGAAUUCUUGAAAAAGUCGCAAUUUUCCAGACCUGGAAAAAGUCUGGAAAAUAGAAUGAAUGUCUGGAAAACUGGUAAAAAGUCUUAAAUGAUUUUUUUAAAGUUACAGCAAGUGCUUUAUAAGUGGAAUUUUUUUCGUUUUGGUCAAAUCUUAUUCAAUAUUAAAGGUCUCUAUUGAUCACCUAUUUUAUAACCUCGAGUCUGGAAAAAAAAAGUAUUGUUUUGGGGAAAAGUCUUGAACUUUGAAUCCAAAAAUCUGUACGAAUCCUGAACUAGAGUAUUAUGGAAUCCUUGGUUCCCUGCUCUCCUAGAAAGAGUCUUUUUGACAGAGCUGCAUCAAAUCAAAAAGAGUUAUUUGCAAAGAAGGGACAUCUAAUUCCUCCCCUAUUUCCUCUGGGAACCCUGUUUCUUGAUGUACUCAAACUACUUGCCUGAUAGUCUGUAGUCCAAAGCACUGACCAGUAAAGUUGUUUGCAGAUGAUACACUAUUAUAUGGUAGUAUACCAAUUUUUAUUAAAAAUUAUGACAAAAAAUUAAGAUCUUCACAGUUUAGAAUGGUGUCAACAUCAUUAGGAGUCAUGGCAAAUAGUAUGUUAGAAUGGUUUCAGCAUGUCUCAUCAAUCUCAAGGAAUGUAUUCCCCCAAGAAGGUUAAGGAAACUGCAUAAAAAUUAUUAUUAUGUUUCCUGGCAUUGUUCGUCCCAAAUUGAAAUAUGAGAGCGCCUCUUGGGACCCAUCCUAUAAGAAAGACAUUAACAGGCUUUAGAAGGUCCAAAGAAAUUAAGUAGCAUGGUUUUGCCUCCAAAAUUGCAACCUGACACAGCGAAUGUAAUGAAUUAGGAUGGGAUCUUGUGGAUAUCAAAACAGAGGAAAUAUUAUUUUAGUAAUUAAGAAAUAUGCAUACAAGUCAUGCAUUUAGCAUAGAAAACCUAAAGUUAGCAAGUUCGUUUCUAAAUGUACCUUUUUUCCUCAAAGCAUAAGUGAACGAACUUUACCUUCAGAGAUCAUUCUAGCUCUUUACACCACUGUUUAAAGCUGCCUUAGGAAAACACAUUAAAUAGUAUAAUAUACUAUUUAAUGUAUUGUAUUAAUGUAGUGGAAAUGAAUAUGACUUUAUAAACUACUCAGGCCUGCUUUCUCGAAAAACUAAUUGGCAUUUUGUUUUUAAGUUGAAAGCCAUUUUAGAACUUUUUUUCUGCAAGAGCUCCGCUGGGACACUAGUAAAAGUUUGUGCUACCCCAAUGACAUCAUGGUGCAAAAAUACAUUUCUCUAUUUUUUCUUCAUGUUUGUCAACAGAGAACUAGUUGUCAAAGGGACCUUUACAUCACUUAAAGAUGAUAUUGGGCACUAUCCCCACUGGGAGGAUCCUGAUGGAUUUAUGGCUGCAUAUCAACACUUUCUUAGCAAAUUCAUUCAAGAAAAGUAAUAUUUAACCGUCUACCCAGUAUGAAAAGUAUAUUUUUGUAAUGGAUUCAAAAGGUAGGGACAAUUUUUUUUAAAAAAAUUGAUGUCUGCUAUUUUAAGGUGCUGGUUAGUCUUAUUAUAGUGUACACAGUAAAUAAUUGCUUGAACCUCUAAAGCUCGAAAAACUAUGAACAUCAGAAAUAUUUCUUGCACGUUUUAGUGUUGUAAGGAAGAAGUCAAUCUGGUGUGAGAAAACUAUAAACUGCAGCGAGUCCUGAGCUUUAUUGUGGUUUUCCAUUGCACACAACUAACACUCCUAAAACAUUUCAAUGUUCACAGUUUUAUGAGUUUGACCUAACUGGUAAACAAAACAGCUGCUUUGGUCAUCUGAAAAGUUAUUGAAUAAAAUUAAUUAUGUUGACUUUUCAUGAGCCCAUGUGAAUAACAGAAAGUUUAUUGGUAAUUAAUGUAGUGUUAACCAGGCAUGAAGUACCAUAAAAUUCUGAAAAAUAUAAGCCCCGGGGCUUAUAUUUUUCAAAGGCCCUUUUUGAGGGGCUUAUAUUUGGGGGGACUUAUGUACUGAGGAAAAUUUGCAUUUCAAAAUUGAUUGGGCUAGCUUGUAGUGGGAGGGAAAUUUACCAUUUUUGCUUUGUUUUACUUUGUAUUUGAGGGCAAAUUCCAAGUACUAGCCACCCGGGGGCUUAUAAUUAUUCGGAGGGGUGAUGUAACAGAGGGUUUUUUGCAUUACGAUUUUUGGGGGGCUUAUAUUUGGAGGGGCUUAUUUUCGGAAUUUUACAGUACAUCAAACA